AUGGACCCAGUCGCGGUGGGUGUGGCGGUGGGUGUGGACACCCGCCGGCUCCAGAAUUGCCAGUUUGAGCGCUGGGCCUCCCGAUCGACACAGCUGGUCCCUGAUCCCCACGAGGGACUGGAUCCCGGUGGCUCGUUCUGCACCACCUGCUACCUGGCAGUGGCCACCUCGCCCCUCGCCCUCUGGCGUCCCCUAGUCCCAGAGGCAGCCCUGGCCCCUUGGGACCUCUGGCAAGGCGGUUUCCUGAUGAGGGCCGGUGGCCCAGGGCUGCAGCCCCUGUCCCUCCAGACUGUGCCCCAGAGAAGCGGGACAGGGGCUCAGACCAAAGCUUACACGCCCACGUUCGCGGUGGUGCUGUUCGCGGUGGCCGAGAGAGCGCUGUCGUCCGUCGUGGCCCUGGGAGCCAACAUCAUCUGUAACAAGAUUCCCGGCUUGGCCCCACGGCAGCGUGCCAUCUGCCAGAGCCGGCCCGAUGCCAUCAUCGUGAUCGGGGAGGGGGCGCAGAUGGGCAUCAACGAGUGCCAGUACCAAUUCCGCUUCGGACGCUGGAACUGCUCCGCCCUGGGCGAGAAGACUGUCUUCGGGCAAGAGCUCCGAGUAGGGAGCCGGGAGGCCGCCUUCACCUACGCCAUCACCGCGGCCGGGGUGGCCCACGCGGUCACGGCGGCCUGCAGCCAGGGGAACCUGAGCAACUGCGGGUGCGACCGAGAGAAGCAGGGCUACUACAACCAGGCGGAGGGCUGGAAGUGGGGCGGCUGCUCCGCCGACGUGCGCUACGGCAUCGACUUCUCCCGGCGCUUCGUGGACGCCCGUGAGAUCAAGAAAAACGCGCGGCGCCUCAUGAACCUGCACAACAACGAGGCCGGCAGGAAGGUCCUGGAGGAGCGCAUGAAGCUGGAGUGCAAGUGCCACGGCGUGUCGGGCUCGUGCACCACCAAGACGUGCUGGACCACGCUGCCCAAGUUCCGCGAGGUGGGCCACCUGCUCAAGGAGAAGUACAACGCCGCGGUGCAGGUGGAGGUGGUGCGGGCCAGCCGCCUGCGGCAGCCCACCUUCCUGCGGAUCAAGCAGCUGCGCAGCUACCAGAAGCCCAUGGAGACGGACCUGGUGUACAUCGAGAAGUCGCCCAACUACUGCGAGGAGGACGCGGCCACGGGCAGCGUGGGCACUCAGGGCCGCCUGUGCAACCGCACGUCGCCGGGCGCGGACGGCUGCGACACCAUGUGCUGCGGCCGUGGCUACAACACCCACCAGUACACCAAGGUGUGGCAGUGCAACUGCAAGUUCCACUGGUGCUGCUUUGUCAAGUGCAACACCUGCAGCGAGCGCACCGAGGUCUUCACCUGCAAGUGA